CGAAUUAUAUAUUGUUGACAACUGGGGAUUGAGGUUAGGUUAUUCAUAAAUAUAAAUAUUAAUGAUUAUUAUCUUAUCAUAAAUAAAAAAGCAAUAAUCUAUAGUUAGAGAGUUUACUGUAUUAUCACAGGAUUUUAUAUUAUUAUGGACCAAUCCUUACCAGGAAUUGCUCCUACGACAAUACAAAUACUGGAUUCGGAAACAUUAAAUCACCACCUUGUCUGUCGAACAUGUCUCUGUGAUGUUUCAAAUACGACUCAAUCUGUGUUUGAUUCCAACAUAGACAAAAUGCUAAUGCACUUUACUGCUUUGCAGAUCCAUGUAGAUGACGGUUUACCUACCCAAAUAUGUGCUAAUUGCAUUAUACAAAUUACACAAGCUUACCAUUUUAAACAACAAGCAGAAAGCUCUGAUACUACCUUGAGGCAAUACUUUUAUGUUUAUAAAAAUCCAUCACAAUCUAUUAUGGGUCUCGGUGAAAUUUCUGAGGGAGCUACAACAUCAGAGGAAAAAUUGUUAAACAACAAAACACAGACAGUUGAUAAGAAUAUUGGAUGCAACAUACCUUUGAAUAUAGCUACUACACAAAAUACCAUGGAGAAUGAUAUUGAACCAUUAAGAAAUGUCAAAUGUUUAUCCUUAAACAUUCGUCUUAGAACAGAUCAGCAUGGUAAACUAAACAAUCACACUUGUGGUAUUUGCUAUAAGCCAUUUCCAACAAAGCGUGCUCUGCAGACACACAAUCGUACACAUGGAAUACUUGAGAGGAGGCAUAAGUGCUCAGUGUGCGAAAAAAAAUUUUAUGCUCAAACUGAGCUUACGAUUCACAUGCGCAAGCACACUGGGGAGAGACCGUUAGUUUGUACAACAUGUCAAAAAAGAUUUGCAGAUCCCAGAAGCUUAGCAAAGCACGUUAAAAUCCAUAUAGGGGAGAAAAAAUUUGUCUGCGAAAUUUGUCAAAAGAAGUUCAUUCAUUCAUAUUCUUUAACUACACAUCGCAGAGUUCACACCGGUGAAAAGCCGUUCGUGUGUUCUACAUGUGGGCAUUCGUACACAACGUCUACGCAACUCACAUUGCACACAAGAACUCACACACAAGAAAAACCUUACCCAUGCUCCGUAUGCCCAAAAGCGUUUGCCAGUGGCAGCGGGCUGGCAACUCAUCAACUAACUCACACUGGAAUUCGAAAAUAUGUUUGUUCGAUUUGUGGUAAAGGGUUAAGAACGUCGCCUGACUUAGCUGCUCACCUAAGAACUCAUACGGGUGAAAAACCUUUUGAGUGCAGAAUACCAAAUUGCAAUAAACGCUACAAAACUCAUAGUCAACUAAGUGCUCACAUACGAGCUCAUACAGGUGAAAAGCGCCACCAUUGUAACACAUGUAAUAAAGCAUUUGCUGACACCACUCAAUUAAAAAAACAUACGAACAUCCAUACAGGUAACAAACCCUAUGUAUGCAGUAUGUGUGGGUACAGGUUUACUCAGUCUGGGUCUUUGUAUACUCACAUGAAGAUUCACAAACAUUUAACUUCUGAGUAGUUUAAUGUGUAUUGGUUAUGAUAUUACACAGUCGUGAAGUGUAAAGUGUAAUCGUAGUAGUGUGGUUUCUUGUAAUAAAUGUUUUUAAAAUAAAAAUUUAAAUUAA